AUGCGUGGAGAAGCUGAGGAGAGCGCAAGCGCUCGGACGAUACCGGCGCAGUUCACAUUUCCGCGCGCUGCACAGUCUGAGAUUGUGCGUGCGCACCAGAAGGACUUGUACUACCGCGACUUAUUCCAUACGCAGCUAAAAGAAGCAGCGCUCGAUAUUCUUGGCGCGCGGCGCAGUCAUGUCUAUGCAGAGCUGCUUUCGCUCGUUGCGAGCGUCGCGUAUGCCGGGUUGAGCACAAUGGGUGGUGCACAAUCGCUCGGUGAGGAGUACGUGAAUUCUAUGAUGCGAUACCGGCCGACAGGAAAAACUGUGAAUGCAAAACAACGCGUCGUUUUUAUCGCCUUGUAUGUGAUUGCGCCAUACGCAAUCAAACGCGCUUACGGGGCAUUGCGGGCUCUGAUUGUGCGUGAAGACCAGCGAAUUGCGCGGCGCCGUCAGCGCAUGCUGCUGAAAGAGACGAGCGACGGCGAAUCGCGCCCGCACAAGACGCCGCUCGCAGCAUUGCGGCGGCGCUUGGAGCGCGCUGUGCAAUGGCUCGCAAUUAUGCUGCCAGGUAUGCAUGUGCUCAGUGCGUCCAAUGGAUGGCUGGCGUACUUAUCCGCUGCGCAACUAGCGCUGUUCUACCUCUUUGGCCGCUACUAUACACUCGCGCAUCGUAUCGCGCGCGUUGAUUAUAUUUAUGCAAGUACAAAGCGCCCCAAUUCGCGUCCGCGGUCGUACGAGGUGCUUGGCGUGCUGCUGAGCGCACAGCUCGUUGUCAAAUUUGGCAUGUCUGUGCACGCAUGGUACCAAGGGGCAAGAAGAAAAUACCAAUACACGCCCCAGACGCAUGCGAUGCAUGCGCUAGGUGGCGCGCAGUCAGAAGUGAGGCCAAAGCGUACGAUCCAGUUGAACGGAAAGUACUACUCGCACGCCGAUGGGUCUACCACACAAGCGCGGCAGUCAUACGAAGAGCACGUUGUCCCGCUCGAAUACCCUGAUCCGGAUGCACCAAUUGUGCCCGAGCAGCUUGGGUUCAGUGCGCAAGAGGCCAAGACUGACAAGGCAGGCUAUGAUGCUGCAGUCGCCGACUGUCGCGCGAGAACGACGCAGAUGGAGGCUGUUGCAGAGCAAGUCCUGCGCUGCACACUCUGCAUGGACCGUCGCGAGCCAGAUAAAGGGGGGAGCGCCGUGACCGAAUGUGGGCACGUAUUUUGCUGGGGCUGCAUUACAGGGUGGGCCAAAGAAAAGGCAGAGUGUCCGCUGUGUCGCCACACCUUGCAGCCGUGCCGGCUCUUGCCCAUCUACAAUCUGUAG